GCCUUACUUGGGCCCCGCCUUGAGGCGGCAGGACCCUAAGGCACCUCCUGCAUUCCUCUCUGGACUGUUGUACUCAUGGCCACCUUCGAGGAGGUGAGCGUGCUGGGCUUCGAAGAGUUCGACAAGGCAGUGAAGGAGCAUCAGGGCAAGACCAUUUUCGCCUUCUUCAGUGGUUCUAAGGAUACUGAAGGGAAGAGCUGGUGUCCGGACUGCGUGGAAGCUGAGCCAAUCAUUCGAGAGGGGCUGAAGCAUGUCACUGAAGACUGUGUGUUCAUCUACUGCCAAGUAGGAGACAAACCUUACUGGAAAGACCCAAAUAAUGACUUCAGACAAAAACUGAAAAUCACUGCAGUGCCUACACUACUUAAAUAUGGAACACCUCAAAAACUUGUGGAGUCUGAGUGCCGCCAAUCCAACCUCGUAGAGAUGAUCUUCUCUGAAGAUUAAGAUUUGAUGACCUUGCCAGACUGUGGUGGCGCAUGCCUUUAGUCCCAGCAGAGGCAGAGGUAGAGACAGAGCAGCUGGAUCUCUUUGAGUUUGAGGCCAGCCUGGUCUACAAAUUGAGUUCCUGGACAGCAGGGGCAGCACAGCAAAACCCUGUCUGGAAAAAAACCAAAAAGCCUAAUGAUUGCAAUUUUAUAUUGUCUGUCUGGUUCCUUUAAAAGAAGCCACAUAAUUUCUUUGAUGAGUAAAUGAGUAAAUCAGUGUAUGUCUAAACAAUAAAGAAUUAAAAUAUAAACCUCUAACUAGUUUUUAACACAUGGCUAUCUAAAAGAUUUGAGUAAAAUGGGUCUUCAGUAUGGUAGUAGUAGCUCAAAGGAAAUAUUGAAGAUAAAAUUAACUUAUUAACUUCCAAAUCUGUAGCAAUUGGUAUUUAUUACCUUAAAUUCUGUGUAUUUGCAAAACCCUUUCCUGUCUUUGAAAUGGAGACCUUCAUUAAACCAUUUAGGAGGAGAGUCAUAGAAUUCAUAUGCUUAAUUCAGGCAAUUUUGUUUCCCAAAUGUCUAAAAUGUGAUUCUCUUGGUGUGAAACAGGCUAGUCACAGGCAAAGCACUAUCUAAAUGUCAAUUUCUUCUAACAAAAAUUGUGUCAGGCAUAGACACACACCUGUAAUCUUAUUACUUUAGAUAAUAAGGCAAGAGGAUCACAAGUUUGAGGCAAGGGGUACACUACUGAACCAGGCCUUGUCACAAAUGAAAAGCCCAACUAUUGCUCUACAAGAAUGUGGACUGAAGAGGUGGUUCAGUGCUUAACAGCAUUGGCUGUUCUUCCAAAGGACGUGGGUUCAAUUCCCAGCACCCACAUUGCACCUCAUAAGAUGUCCAUAACUACAGUUCCAGGUGAUUGAACACUCCAUCUGGCCUCUGAGAGAACCAGGAGUGCAAGUGGUACACAGACAUACAUGUAGGCCAAAGCUUCAUACAU